AUGAACAGAUCCAGGUCCAGCUGCCAUAAGAAAGGCCCCCAGCCUCCUGCAGUCCCCAGGAUAACCCGCAGCUCCGUCCCCCAGGUCCGACCCACCGACCCAGCAGAGAGCCAGGACUCUGGGCCGGGCCCGUAUGGAAAACUGCGUAAGAAGCAGGCGGACUCGGCUCUGGCACAGGACCUCAGCAAGAUGAGCGUGAGCGGACAGAACGUUGUCCCCACCAGUAAAGAAAAGACGUCCAAAGACCCUGUGCAGGAUGGACAGUCCUCUGGGUCCGGAUCUCCUCAGGGCAUCCCAUCUACCUCUGCUGCCAAGCCCUCGUCCCGGGGGGGUCUGGCAUCUGUGGCUCGGCUGGUGAAGCUGGGACGCUGUAAGAAUGUGGUGGUGGUGGCUGGAGCGGGAAUCAGCACGGCCAGCGGCAUCCCAGACUUCAGAACUCCAGGCACGGGUCUGUACGCCAACUUGGAGAAGUACAACAUCCCGUACCCAGAGGCCAUCUUCAACAUCGACUACUUCUCUGAUGACCCGCAGCCUUUCUUCUCCCUGGCCAGAGCUCUGUAUCCUGGGAGCCAUCGACCCAACUACAUCCACUAUUUCAUCCGCAUGCUUCAUCACAAAGGGCUGCUGCUCCGCCUCUACACACAGAACAUCGACGGACUGGAGAAAUUAUGUGGCAUCCCAGACGACAAGCUUGUGGAAGCUCACGGUAGCUUUGCCACAGCUUCCUGUCACCUGUGCUACACUCCUUAUCCUGCUGUGGAGGCCAAGCAUGCUAUCAUGAAUGGCAACGUUCCCAUCUGCACAUUCUGCGCCGCGACAGUCAAACCUGAUGUUGUGUUUUUUGGAGAGGACCUCCCGCAAAAUUAUUUCCUCCACACGAAAGACUUCCCCAAAGCAGACCUGCUGAUCAUCAUGGGCACGUCCUUACAGAUCGAGCCAUUUGCCAGCCUGGUGAACACGGUGCGCUCCACUGUCCCACGUCUCCUGCUGAACCGACACGCCGUGGGUCCCUUUGUGAAGACCCCACUGCGGAGAGGAGACCAUUUGGAGCUGGGCGACUUGGAGGACACAGUCCGGAGGUUUGCUGAAAUGCUAGGCUGGAACGACGAGAUCACAGAGCUGAUGAGGAGUCAGGAGACGCAUAAUCUCCCUCUUCCCGUACAGAUGUCUUGUGAAGGCAGGGUAAUGUCCGAGCCUCCUGGUCUGAUGGAAACGUCCGGGCCCACACCGGGGGGGCAGAGAGCAGCCAGCAGCGGCAGUGAGGAGACCGACUCUGAGACGGACAGCAAGAGUUCUGCAUCAUCCAACAUGAGCCACUGACUCUUCAGGUUUCAGACAGUGACACAGGAACAUUU